AAAGGGAGCUGCUUUCCUUCCUCGCAGCGAUCAACACAAAAAGCUUCUCUUUCCCUUCUCCUCCUCGGUGAUCUGUCUCGCCGGGGCAUCUCGAAAAGCAUCCGACUCCGACGCCGCCGCGCGCCACCACCCGGCCGAUCGCCGACGCCGCAGCCGCUGGAAGCAGCAGGGACGACGGAGAAUCGGAGAUGGACAUCGAGGCGUUCAUCCACGGCGGAAGCGGGGGCGGCGACGCCGACGCCGACCACCCGCUCGGCAUCUUCUCCGCCGCCGACCUCUCCGGCUUCGGCUUCGCGGACUCGAGCACCAUCACAGGGGGCAUUCCCAAUCACAUAUGGCCCCAGUCCCAGAACCUGAACGCACGGCAUCCUGCGGUCUCCACGACAAUUGAGUCGCAGUCAUCAAUCUGUGCAGCAGCAAGUCCCACAUCAGCUACCAAUCUGAACAUGAAGGAGAGCCAAACUCUGGGAGGCACAAGUGGUUCGGAUUCUGAAAGUGAAUCGCUGUUGGAUAUAGAGGGUGGUCCAUGCGAACAAAGCACGAACCCGUUGGACGUGAAGAGAGUGAGAAGGAUGGUGUCCAAUCGGGAGUCUGCUCGGCGAUCGAGGAAGAGAAAGCAAGCUCACUUAGCUGAUCUCGAGUCACAGGUUGACCAGCUCCGGGGCGAAAACGCAUCGCUUUUCAAGCAGUUGACGGAUGCCAACCAGCAAUUCACAACUUCUGUCACGGACAACAGAAUCCUCAAAUCAGACGUUGAGGCCCUCCGGGUCAAGGUGAAGAUGGCGGAGGACAUGGUGGCGCGGGGGGCGCUGUCGUGCGGGCUCGGCCACCUGGGCGGGCUGUCGCCGGCGCUGAACCCCCGGCAGGCGUGCCGCGUCCCCGACGUGCUCGCCGGCCUGGACUACGCCGGCGACGACCCCUUCACGGCCGGGCUGUCCCAGCCGGAGCAGUUGCAGAUGCCCGGCGGCGAGGUGGUUGACGCCUGGGGCUGGGACAACCACCCCAACGGCGGCAUGUCCAAGUGAAACUACUGGUCCUACUUCUAUGUCAGCUCAGCUACGUUUGAAACGUGAUGUGUCCAAGUGAACGGACUUGAGUUUUUCAGAGUCCUCGUGUCGAAGUGUCAUGCACUCUUCCCUAUUCCUGUAAUAGAACUGACUAGCUAAGAGACUGAAAGUCUGAAACUACGAAGUAUAAAUGUGGUGGAAUUUGGAACUAUUUUUUUCUGAUCUGGUUGAGCUUGCCUUCUGAAUUCAUGAUC